GGCGCCCCGGGAGCGGGCGCUCGGCGGGGGCCUCCUCGGGCCGGGCGCGGCGCGAGUGGGAGCGAGCGCGCCGGGAGCACGCAGGCGCUUUGCUCCGGCUGGCCCUCGGCCGGCGCGCUGCGCGGGAGCAGCCCGCAGCCGGGUCUCCCCGCGGCGCUCUUCGCGGGGCAGCGGCCACGCAGCAGCUGGCACCGAUCGACCGCCCCAAGCGCGCGGCGGCGACAGCGGCGACAGCGGCGGGACGGUCCCCCGGGCCGCCCGUGCGCGCUCUCUCCCGCGCGGCUACUCUCGGCGGGCGCUGGCCGGGCCGACGCGUCCACCGGGCGGCCGGAGCGCGGCCUCGGCCUCGGCUGGGGCGGGAGCGAGCCCCGGGCCGCAGCCCGCGGGAGGCGGCGCGGCGCGGCACUGACGGCGGCGCCGGGCGCUCCCGGGCGGCGGCGCGGCGGCAGCGCAGGGGGCGGAGGCAGGGGGCGCCCCCGGCCAGGAUGCUGCGGUUCCUGCGCCGGACCUUUGGCCGCCGCUCCAUGCAGCGCUACGCGCGGGGCGCGGCGGGGCGCGGGGCCGCCGGGCUGGGGGACGAGCGCGACGGGGGGCCGCGAGGGGGCCCGGCCGCCGCCGCCAGCUCCUCGGUGCUGCCCGCCGCGCCCGGGGGCAGCGUGUUCCCGGCCGGCGGCGGGCCCCUGCUCACGGGCGGCGCGGCUGUGCACAUCUCAGCCUCAGGAGCUGCCAAGGCCACCCUUUACUGCCGCGUCUUCCUGCUCGACGGAACCGAAGUGAGCGUGGACCUGCCGAAACAUGCCAAAGGCCAGGAUUUGUUUGACCAGAUUGUGUACCACUUGGACCUGGUGGAAACAGAUUAUUUUGGUCUGCAGUUCCUCGACUCCGCCCAGGUCACGCACUGGCUGGAUCACUCGAAACCCAUAAAGAAACAGAUGAAAGUUGGACCUGCCUAUGCUUUGCACUUUCGAGUCAAAUACUAUUCUUCAGAACCAAACAACCUUCGAGAGGAAUUUACAAGGUACCUGUUUGUUUUACAACUCAGGCAUGACAUUCUUUCUGGAAAACUGAAGUGCCCCUAUGAAACAGCCGUGGAACUAGCUGCCCUCUGUCUGCAAGCGGAGCUAGGAGAGUGUGAGCUUCCGGAACACACACCAGAGCUUGUGUCUGAGUUUCGGUUUAUCCCAAAUCAGACAGAAGCCAUGGAGUUCGAUAUCUUCCAGAGAUGGAAGGAGUACAGGGGAAAGAGCCCUGCCCAGGCGGAACUCUCCUAUCUGAACAAAGCGAAGUGGCUGGAAAUGUAUGGGGUGGACAUGCAUGUUGUCAGGGGAAGAGAUGGCUGUGAAUAUUCUCUUGGACUGACCCCGACAGGCAUAUUAAUCUUUGAAGGAGCUAACAAAAUAGGCUUAUUCUUUUGGCCUAAGAUCACCAAAAUGGACUUUAAAAAGAGCAAACUGACCCUCGUAGUGGUGGAGGAUGAUGACCAGGGGCGUGAGCAGGAGCACACCUUCGUGUUCAGGCUGGACAGUGCGCGCACCUGCAAGCACUUGUGGAAGUGCGCCGUGGAGCACCAUGCCUUCUUCCGCCUGCGCACUCCCAGCAACAGCAAGUCCGCCAGAUCCGACUUCAUCCGGCUGGGUUCCCGCUUCCGGUUCAGUGGACGGACGGAAUAUCAAGCUACUCAUGGCUCCAGAUUGCGAAGAACCAGCACCUUUGAGAGGAAGCCUAGCAAACGCUACCCAUCUCGGCGACAUUCCACAUUCAAAGCGAGCAACCCAGUGAUUGCUGCUCAGCUCUGCUCUAAAACAAAUCCUGAAGUCCAUAAUUACCAGCCUCAGUACCAUCCUAACGUCCACCCCAGCCAGCCCCGGUGGCGCCCUCACUCUCCAAAUGUCAGUAACCAUUCCAUCUGCAAACAAAACAAGCCAUCUUUUCAGGAUGACAGGCCACACUGGAAAGCCUCAGCCAGUGGAGAUGACGGCCACUUUGACUAUGUCCACGACCAGAACCAGAGGAACUUAGGAGGGGCGUACAGUGUCACAUACCGGGACAAACUCAUGACCGAACUUUGAGAGACUGAAGCCUCUUCCGGUCACCACCAUGGUGCCGUUGCAUUCCAUGACAAGCAUCCUGGCAUCACAUGGAUGUUUUUGUGCAAGUGUCAUUAGUGCUUUUAGUGUCCGUGUAAACAUUUGAAGAUAACGGCCAUAGAUAGCCAUGAUUUACUGUGGACUGCAUUCUCAAUAAUGAAGGUAGCUAAAGGCUCAGGAAUCAUUUUGAUAUGCUGAUUUUAAGACUGAAGUAAAAGUUUCUACCAUCAUGCUAUGUACCUGAUAGUACCUGGUCAUUUAACCAGUGGGGCCACAUAAAGCAAACCAACAAAACCAAAAGCUUGGGGAAAUAGCUUAGCACAUAGGACUGUAAUAGGAAUAAGAUUGACAGGGACCAGCCUCCCUUGCUGUGUGACCUUAGCUAGAUCAUUCCCCUUUCUCUGGUUUCAUUUCCCCCCUGAAAAUAAUGGGCUGGGCUAAGUGAUCCCCAGGGUCCUUUCUAUUCUCUGAUCUAUUAAGAUUUUACUUCUCAUUUGGGCUGAGAACAUGCAUUCAGACUGACUCCCCAUAAGGACAACUGUAUAACUGUAACAGAAGCUCGAUAAAGAUUAUAAAACUCAUUAGGUAUUCCAUCAAUACAGAGAGGCUUGGAGUUUUCCAUCUUUAAGUGGGUUAGCCAGUGUGGAAUUGAGCCUCGGUGCUGACCACCAGUUGCAUAGCGUGUUUUGCUAGAGCUUACUUCUCAAACAUAAGGAUGAUUUGUAAUGCCUCAGUGAUCGGUGCUGCUGACCUGUGUGAUUUCAGAAGACACCAUUGUGCCUGCUGUCAGAGUAGAGGCUGGAUUCCACCCUAGACUUAACUCCUUUGAACAGCAGCGUACAGUCGAGAUGAAGUGGGGGCGCACAGGAGAGCUUGCUAGGUUUCUGCAGGUUGUGCCAAAGCAUUGUGUUGCACAGAGGGAUGCAUAUGGCCCCCCUCCUUCUGUAGGACCCCAAAGCAAUAUGUCGUCUUUUAGGGUGAAACUUGUACCAAAGUAUUUAUUUACCCCAAUUCAAGUAGUGCCUCUAACCUCUUUAUGUCUUCAUAGGCAGUCCCAGGAUGCUCUUCCAUUUGUGUUUUUGUGCAAUCAGUUAAUUUUGUGUCACUUUGAUAUAUGUAAUUAUAAUUUGGUUCCUUUUAAACCCUUGGGCCUGUGUUCAUAACAUCUUCUCUUGCUAAAAUCUGGCCUUUUUGGUUCUAUGAGAGUCUCUUGAGGAGAAGGGAAUCCUCUGCACACUUGCACAGGGGAGUAGACCACCUACCUAUAAACUCCCCACAAGAUGCAUGUUUACGGGUGUGUUCCAUUUCAGCAGGUGUUCUGAUCCCCAGUGUGUAUGUACUGCAUCUGAAUAAAUGUGUUCUGGGUCUCUUCA